CGCGUCUCUGUGUCCCUUACUGCACCUUUCAGUAUUGGCAGUAAUAGCGCGUCGUUCGAUGACCUCUGCAAGAACAUCAUUCUGAAGAUGAUGAACCCUAGUUGGAGACCCCCUCGCCCAUUCUCGCAACCAGUGGUACUUUGGUCGACAAAAUCAGGACUUUUGCCUGUGCCGCUUGCGCAUCACACCCAAGACCAGCCGUCACCUCAGAGCCUCUCCGUCACCGCACCCACCUCGGCGCUUCCAUACCAUGGCGAACGCGUCCAUGGAAGAUCUAUACCAUCCUGAGGUAGAUGUUGAGUAUCUCGAGGAAUAUGUGCCUGGCGGAUACCACCCAACUCUCAUCGGAGACCGCUUGGGUGGUGGCCGCUAUACUGUCGCUCACAAGCUUGGGUUUGGUGGAUAUUCAACCAUUUGGCUCGCGCGGGAUCAGCAACGCCAGCGCUAUGUAUCGCUGAAGAUACUGACUGCGAGAGCAUCAUCAGAUACCCGCGAGGGGGAAGUCCUGGAACACUUGAUGAAGAGUGACCUUUUGCAUGUUGGAAAGCAAUUCAAUCCGCGGCUCCUGGACCAAAUCUCGUUUCACGGUCCAAAUGGACAUCAUCGGUGCUUGGUCGGAGAACCUGCUGGAGGUAGUAUUGCUAAGGCUAAGGAGGACAGCACAAAUCUCAUGCUUCCACUGGACGCUGCUCGAUCUAUAGCGGCCCAGCUCCUCUUAAGAUUGUCUUCUUUGCAUGCAGAUGGGGUAUGCCACGGAGAUCUCCAUCUGCGCAACUGUCUCUUACGCAUACCCAGCUUCGACGACCUAAGCACAGCCGAGCUAUAUGAGCGCUUUGGCGAACCCUUCGAGGUUCCUAUCCGGCGAGUAGAUGGGAAGCCCGGGGACCCCUACGCACCGCCGCAUGCCAUCUAUCCCAUGGCGUUGAGCAUGCCUGCCAACGAGCUGAAUGACCCGGAAAUCAUCAUCUCGGAUUAUGGAACGUCCUUUCUUGUGGCACGGACACCCUCGCCGACUCUCCACGCUCCGGCCCUUUACUCUCCACCAGAAGACCUCUUCAGCGAGCCCAUCCUGCAGCCCACCGCAGCCGAUAUCUGGACCCUCGGCGUCCACUUGUAUGAGGUCCUGGGCGAGCGUCCCCUAGUUGAAACAUUUGCCUGGGACCGAGACGACAUUGUCGCCGAGAUGGUCACUACCCUGGGGCCCCCGCCCCUGCGAUGGUGGAAUUCUUGGGCGCUACGCGCGCCAAAUUCUUCGGGGCGGAUGGGGGGUGGAGAACUCCGUGCGCUGGAGGACUUGCUCCGAGCUAUGAUGGCGUUCGAACCGUCCGAACGGCCCACCGCGGACCAACUCCUGACGUCUGCGUACAUGGUGAAGUGGGCGUUGCCCGCGUGGGAGAGGCAGAAAAGCCAGAAUCACACAACUCAACCUACCGAUGUUGGAAUUUCCCGCUAG